GUUUUACAUGCACCAAAUCAUUUUUCCUCUUUCCUUGUUCUUCUCUUCUUUGUUCCUUUUAUGAGAGAGAGAGAAAGGGAGAGAGAGAGAGAGAACGGCAGAAGAGGGAAGAAGAAGAAGCUGCUGCUGCUGCUCUCCGAUCAUGAGUUCAGACCUGUAAUUUGAAGCCUCAAGUUUUUAUUUUGCUAUCGUCUGGAAAGGAGAAUGUCUGCAUACGAGAAUGUUGUUGGUGGGAAGUUGAAGCUGAAAGGAAAGGCCCUGGAUGUCAAGGCUGGAGGAGUCAAGAAGAAAAAGAAACAUAGGGAGCAUUAUGAGCAAAUUUCUCAAGUCAGUGAAAGUGACCUUGCAGCUGGUGCAAGUACAGAAAUGUCUGCUGAUCUGCACCAGGAUGAUGUCAAUGAUGGCAACAAAUCCACUGAGGAAGGAAAUGCUGCUUCUUAUGAUGGCCAUCUCACCCCAGCACAGAGACGCUAUAUGGAGCAAAAGGAGAAAAUUGACGUUCAUAGGCUGGCCAAGACGGCAAAUAAAUCACAUCGUGACCGGAUUGAAGAUUUUAAUCAGUAUCUCGCGAACAUGAGCGAGCAUUAUGACAUUCCUAAAGUUGGCCCGGGCUGAUUUUACAGAGUAUUACUGGAGGUUGGACGGGCAGGAGAUGCACCUUCUUUUUUCCAAAUUUACAUUCUAAUGCGGGUGUGCUGCUUCUUUCUCUGCAUCUUACAUCCUUCUUGUUGUGAUUGUUAUUUAUAUUUGUGGCUGAAGCAUAUCUUUGUUUGUUGUUUUGGAAUUAUUUAACGCUCAAAUAACAUUGAUGAUGCA